UGACGGACCGAGUCAUUCUGUUGACAUUUCUUCACACGGCUUUAUUGCUAACUGUUGCUAUUCAGUAAUGCUUUAAAUGACCAGAGAAAGUGCUGCCAGACAUGUGGAGGAAAGAAUCUGACCGCUUUGAGUUUUUACAAAAUCUCGUCACCGAAUUUCAGGAUACGGACAGUGAUGAGGCCAAGGAGCAAGUUCUGGCCAACCUGGCCAAUUUUGCAUAUGACCCAAAGAACACAGACUAUCUGAAGCAGCUGCAGGUCACAGACCUCUUCUUGGACAUGCUCACAGAGGAGAAUGACAACUUUGUGGAGUUUGGAAUGGGGGGGCUGUGCAACCUCAGCAUGGACCCGGAAUGUCGCGACAUCAUCCUGCAGAGCAGCGGCAUCACGUUGGUCACAAACUGUUUGUCCAGCCAGAGGGAAGAGACCGUCCUGUCUGCCAUCACCACCCUCAUGAACCUGGCGACUCCGUCCUCCCGCCAGGAGAUCAGCAACGCCGGCAUCGUGCAGUGCAUGCUCCGCUUCUCCCUCAGCGAGAGCCCCCGUCUGCGCAACCUAGCCGCCAUUUUCCUGCAGGACUGCUGCAGUCAGGAGCAGGUUGCCCGAGCCAAGCAGCAGACGGGACAGCAGACUGCGGUCGGCAUCCCGCUGCCCAAAGACUGAAGCCUGUCGUGUUUCCGGUGGACAGUAUUCCCCAGAGAAACAAAUCGCACACUAUAUGGGCAAGAGGAAGAUAGCGGGUGUCCUACUUUGUUGGUAAUUUAUAUGAAAUAUGCCCAUUUGUGCUGUAUGUUAUUGAAAAACAGAUAAAUGACAGGGUGGGAUUUAUAUAUAUAUAUAUAUAUACAGGGUCAGGCAAAAUGAUCUGACACAUUUGUAGGUUAAAUAAAAGGCAAAACUAAAGAAACAAAAAAGUGUUUUUAUUUUCGAAAAGUACAUAUGCCAUUUUGCUUUGUUUCUUUACAAUGACAUUGUUUUUUGUUUCUUUUUCAGUUGCUGCCAUGAACUGGACUGGUGAGCAUCGCGCUUUCAUUGUGGAAACGUUUAUCAAAACAAACAAAUCUGUAACUGCAACACAAGGAGCGUUCCGUUUGCACUUCAAUCUUGGUAGACAUGAUCCCAAACCAGCUCGAAACACGAUCUUGUUAUGGGUUACCAACUUCAGAACUACUGGAUCUGCAUUGAGUGUGUGGACAGUAAUGGAUCCCAUUUGACUGAUUUAAUUUUUAAAACAUAAUGAAACAGAAUGGCAUUAUAUGUACUUUUCCAAAAUAAAAACACUUUCUUGUUUCUUUACUUUAUUUGCCUUUUAUUUAACCAACAAAUGUGUCAGAUCAUUUUGCCUGACCCUGUAUAUAUGUAUUUUAACACUAGUUUCUUUAAUAGUAGCAGAAUACACAUUUGAAUCACACUUUGAACCGCAUUAUGAGCUGCCUUCAAAGACACCACGUUAUUUAAAGAGAAUUCACGUUUUGAGUGUAUUUUCUGGGAUUUCUGAGCACACUUAAAUGUAGCAAAUUGUACUUCGGCAUAAAGAGUUAGAAAGUGAGUGAUAAGAAUAUCCACUUACUGUUUUCCUCUGUAUUUCAGUUUAUUUAGACCACACACACGCGCACGCUUAAUAAAUACGUUGUGAUGUUCGGAGUGUCAGUGAAUGCAACUGGCGGUAGUCUGGUGACAAUAAGGAAGUGUCAAUCCCAGGACGAAGGGAUUACAGACGUGUUGGAAUUGCACUGCUGUCGAUGUGUUCAGGUCUGGAUAAAGUUAUAAAAGAGCACCAGACUCCGUGUGACUCUGGGGACGCUAUUGUGGCUGUCAGUCGGCGUAACAGAGAGGCGUGGCUUGCUAUGCUGUGGAUUAAAGUGCAUUAAAGGAAAAGUGCACUUUAUUUUAUGUUUGCCCAUCACUCUUUCUGUGCGCCCUGUGU